AGCUCAAAUCAACGAACGCACUCUCAUGACAAGCGUUACACGUUCUGAUACUCCUCGCCAUUCUGCUUAAAAAAAAAACAUUGAUACCACAAGGAUCCAGGAUAUAUAAAUAAAAUCCAUUUGCGAACAUUUCUUCCAGUUGUAGACCAACACACCGAGGGGAUGCCCAGAUAAUACGAUCUGCUCCUCAUCUCUGAGAAAGUUCUGAUGUUGAGAACUUUUGGAAGCGUAUCAUCGUCAGUGCCAUAGGAGGUCGUGGUAUUUGAACUUGUCGGAGUUUAUCGAGUGUGUUGUGUGUAACCAUGGUUUGCAAGCUGGAUCACACGAGAUGGGAAGUUAUGAACGGUGUGGGGUCUUUACUCUGCUUGGUUUUCUUGAAGGUGUCCAUAUUUACAACAGGUGUAACAUCGGUGUCUAUGUUCCCGAUAGAUUCCUCCAUCUCGGAGAGUCCGGAUCGAGCAUUCAUAGAAACUAUGAAUUACCUGUUUGAAUUCGGUUACCUAACCAUGCCUGUCGGGAAAUCUCCUGGCCCUACGGUCAUCUCGAAUGCUGUAUCUAAUCUUCAGUCUUUCAUGGACAUUACUCCAUCUGGUAGCAAGGGACAGGUAGAUAAGAAGACUCUUGAUACUGUCAGGACACCUAGGUGUGGUCUCAAGGAUCCUAUCAGACACAUGACUGAGGGAGACCCUGAUGUAGUUCGUCAUACAUUGUUCGGACCGAGGUGGAACAAGACUGCAUUAGUCUACAAGAUAUUCAAGUUUCCACGUAAGGUCAAGAAAUCGCAGUACCGUAACGCGAUCGAGGAGGCUUUCCGGCUUUGGAGUAACGUUUCACCGCUCACAUUUCGGGAAGUGAAUCGGAGAGAUUCGGCAGACAUCGACAUUCGGUUUGUUUCGGGUUUUCAUCAAGAUGAACAUCCAUUCGAUGGACCAAUGGGUGUUGUUGGCCAUCCGGUGAUUGAGGAGAUGUAUGAAUCUCGCGUUGUCAGGAUCGACGUCGAUUCAGAUGAACUAUUCAGUUUUGACAGCGCAGACGGUAUAAAUCUUCUUCAAGUGAUGGUUCAUCAGAUCGGUCAUGCCUUAGGAUUAGGACACUCAUCGGAUCAUGACUCUAUCAUGUCUCCAUGCGUUAAACCAUAUAUUCCAAAUUUUACUCUUACCGAGACAGACAUCGCUGGUAUUCAGUCAAUAUAUGGAUUACCCAACUCUCCUAUCGACCCUAUAUCUCCUCCUGUUGGAAGGUUGCCUAGUCCCAUCAUACAGCAUAGUGAACCAAGAUAUCUCUGUCAAGAGAGACCUUUGGAUGCAGUCGCCAUUUUAGCAGGAGAAAUAUAUGUUUUUAAGGGUAAUAGAUUCUGGCAGUUUUCAUCUCCUAAUCAUCUGUUAUCACCUAUCAGUGGUAGUCUUAUCUCAGAACGUUGGCCUGGUUUACCCACUGGUAUAGAUGCUGUUUAUCAAAGGAACACUGAUAAUAAAGCCGUCUUUAUUAGAGCUGGCCGGAUGUGGAUCUAUGACAUCCACCCAAAGACAGAAAGCAAUACCCCUGCCCCCUACACCCAGAUUCAUCUUCGAGAUAUUGGUCUACCAAGAGCUAUUGAUAUUGCCCUAUCCUGUCCUUCUUGGCCCCAGUCGACAUAUUUCCUCAAGAAAGGCAAAGUUUGGCACUACAGUGACCAGACCAGGACUAUCUUAGAAGGUCCACUAGAGGUAAAGGACUUAUGGAAUGGUCUACCAACCAGACGCAUGGAUGCUGCUUUCACUUACAAUGAUGAUUCAUACUUCAUUCUUGGAUACCAAUACUGGAAAGUGGAUCAUACUAAUAAUAGAGUGGCCUCUGGAUAUCCCAAGAACUUUCAUGAAGACUUUCUGGGUUGCUGAAUGUUAUCACCAUCAUUACAAACAUUAAAGAUCUCCAUGGUAACUAACACAUUCGAGCAGACAGGAGACAGUGACUCCUGCCAAUAUUUCAAGUUUAACCAGUUAACUACUUAAUUAUUCAAUUACAAUAGACUUUGAACAGGAUCUUCUUUGAUCUGUAGGCAACUAGGGUUCACUAAUCAUCAUUAAAUCAAAUUGGACAGGAAAUGGAUUAGCAAAUCUUUACUGUCUUAAACAGAGAUCAGAGGUUGGGGAACAUCAUUAUUUAUUUGUUAUUAUUAUUAUUAUUAUGAUUGCUUAUGUUUAAAUAUUUUAUAAAUGAUAUAAAUUAGUCAUAGAGUAUGUAAUUAAACAUAGUGACUCAAGGGUGAAAUAAAUGGAAGGAAUAUACAACCUUUCAUUUCAUGAGUAUAGUUAAUUUAGGUUUAAAAAAAGAGGAAUUUAUUUUAACAAGUCAGGAGUGGAACCAUAAGGGAGGGGGGGUGACCAUCCCCACGAUUUUUCAAGUGAAUGUUAGGUGUCAAGCUCUAACACUGAGAAAAAGAACCGAAGUCACCUUUAUUUAAUUAUGCCCCCUUCCCUUCAUUCACAAUACCUUGUCACGGCCUCUGUGACUCGUCACAACCUGACAAAAUAUAGAUCACAACUCGAUAAUGAUAGAGUGUAUUAAUAUUUCAUGACUAGUUUAUGUCCACAUUAUGAAGCCUUUUUAUAUCAACAACUCGAUCACAACUCGAUAAUGAUAGGGUGUAUUAAUAUUUCAUGACUAGUUUAUAUCCACAUUAUGAAGCCUUUUGAUAUCAACUAGUCAAAACCUGUCUUCUUACACGCAAUAUGUCAAAAGCGUAUAUUCACCAAUGAAUAGUGUAAAUUUGUGUUAAAGGGCUUUUAAAUCCUACUGCCAACAAUGGACUAAAACAGCCAAUUUAAAUAAUUUACACCAAUGAGUCAAGAGCAAAUUGAGGUUUAUAUGAAUAGAAGCUUAAUCAAUAUUAAAUACCAUCAAAUCAGUGUUUGAUUGGAAAAUUAAUUUAUCAUAAACACACAAUUAUAGAAACAUAAAUUGACCAAUCAUACACUCCAUUUAUUGUAUUGAGUAAAUAAACAUUUGGCAUCGAUUGUAGGUAAAUAAAAAUGGUAUCAACGAAAACACCAAUCAAAGUACAUGCAGAUGUUAAGUAAUGGAACACAUAUUACAAUUUUGGAAGCAAUAAUAUGACAUUUUUUAAUGAUACAGUGUUAGAAUAGGAGAUAUAAUGGUGAAUUGCAUGUGUUUUUUUAUACCAUGAGAUCUAACAAUUGUAAAAAAUAUGAUUUGACCAUUUUAGUGACGAGAGAAUCGCCAUUUUAAGAGUAAAACAAAAUUACACUCAUUUUUUCCAGAUGUACUUAAAAUGUACUGGAGGUAUUUUGUUUAUAAUCACUUGUACUUGGUCUUUUUUUCAUUCUUUCCACUUAAAAUGAACCACAUUCCAGAGAAUGGGGGUGUGUGCUUUUUGUUAUUAUAUUGGGGACAUGAUAUAUAAUGAUUAAUUUUAUUGCAUGAAUGCAAUUGUCAAAUUUGCCUAUGAAUCAUUGCUUAUGGGGGCAGAGUAAAAACAAAUGCAAGAUGAAAUGACUGGUGAUUGGGUAUAGUGAUCCCAGAAAAUGGCACAAAUAUGCAUUUAUAUAUUUAAUAAUCUGCAUACCAAUAUGAAGACAUGUAUGUGUUUGUGUUGCAGUCAUUGUAUUCAAUAGUAUUGUAAUUUAAUGUGGUUUGUGAUAAUGUAUUUAUUGAUGGUAUUCAACAACACGCACAGCAUUUUAAAGCAAGGGAAACACUUUUCAAAGUGUAAGAUUAAAAUAUGGCUGACUUCUGACAAAGUGAUGAUUGUAUGUGAAUCUGCCUGUAUCAAACAGAUAGCAGACUAUGGUUAACUAACAGAGAUAUUGAAGGGUUUCAAAUGAAUGGAAAUAGAAAAUAUUUAUUACUGAAAAUAUAUGGGAUUAUAAAUAUGUAAUAGAUGUUCAAUAUAUACUUUAACAAAGUUAUCUUUUCAUGAUACUAUAUACAAUACUGUGUGCCAUAGUGAAUUUGGGGAAAGAUAUUAAUGGAUAUUAAUAACAGUAUUUUCUUUAAACGGUAGUAUUCAAUGGAAUUGUAUUCAUAUCUAAAAUUGUCAAAUAGUUUAUUUACGAUCAGGGAUGCCAUCAUAGGUAAACAGAUGAAAUCAGUGCAGUGCAUCACAAAACAAACUCAAACAUAAUGGCUACACAUUAGAAUAUUGGUCAUCAGUGGAGGAAGCGCAGAAUGCUCUCCUUUUUUAUCAUGAAUUAAUAGAACUUCCCAUGCCCUCUAUGAAAAAUGAAAAGAAAAUACCUUCUUUUUUUAUAUAAUAUGACACAACUUUGGAAAGUUUUUUGUUCAUAUGCAUAAUGAAAAUUCAACUUUUGUGUCAAGCUUGUUUUGUGAACAUACUGUGUUAGCAGAUGUUUUGGAUUAAGAGAUGCCAAACUAACGAGUUCUUGUAUAUGUUAUAUAAUAAGUACUACUGUAUGUGAAUGCUAAUUAAAGACCCUUGCAACUCAAAUGCAGAUUGAUUCCUUCUGAAGUGCAGAGCUGCAUAGAGCUCAAAUCUCAUGUUCAAUUAUGGAUAUAUAUACAUAUUUUAAUAAUUUUCUCACAGCUCUAUCCUUCAAGAAUGUGACAUGCUCAUUCCCCAGGAUAGUGGUGUGUAGUUUUGGCAAAGCAGGCCAUGGGCCCAUCAAAUGAUACAGACUAUCUUACUACGGAAUGUAGGCCUAUCAUGUGAGACAUGACUAUAUUUUGUAGUAACAACAAGAAAAGAAUAAUUUUGAGAAUAUAUUGUAUGGAGGCAUGCUCUUAUAUUAGGUACAUGCUGAGUGAGGUGUCUACCACUCUACUU